AGCUGCGACCUACGCUACUCCUAAAAGACGAGGACCCAAGGUCACGACAGGGAGAAUGCCCUCCCAUAUCAUCGAAAUCCAGACGCCAGGACGCUUAAGAGUACUCCAAUGGAAUCCGAAGCCUGCUUUCAGGCAAUAGUGCCCGAACACAAGUUCUCAUGUGCAAUUCGGCGCCCGUUCCCUAAUCCAGAUGGUUUUGUCAUGACUGUAGGUGGCAAGCUUUACAACUCAGCUCUUACCAACUCUUUCCUUCAUUUUCGUCAGCAAUUCACUCAAAUAUUUCCUAUUUCCGUGGAUGAUUUCCUCCGAACAAUCUCUCCGGCGUUCAAUCAUAAAUACCUAAAGGAAUUUGAGGCCAGCUGUUAUCAUUUUGAUCAUAUCAUCGGCAGCCUCACCCCUCCUAGCUCCACAUCGUCGUCGAUCCCACGCCAUGAUCCAGGCCCCCCAAAUCUCUCAGACACCUUCAUAUGUUGCUUGGAUUUUGACUCGUGGGUUGCUGACAUUUGCCAGGCCAUUGCUCUCUACUACUGCUUUGAGACUAUUACUCCAGGUAGAAAGCAUACUCUUUACCGCGUCCACACUCAGUGAUGAAGAAGCUGGCGACGAUGACACGUCCGACAGUGAAGGCAAUAAAAACGAGAGUAAACCUGGCGGGGAGGGUAACGAAACCGAGGGUGAAAGUGGUGGAGACGGAGGUAUCCUUAUAUCCCCGACGAGAUAUGAGCCUGGUCAUUAUCCUAGGUUGUAGCCAGCCGUCAUGGGGUAACUUUACGGAAUUGUCGACGAUCACCCGCGAAGCUAGGAAUAACCGCCUCACGGACAUUGUAGGGUUUUGCGGGGCUGCUUUUCGCCGGUGAGAUUGCUCAGAUUAGUUCUGC